AUGAGUAAUUUUUGGGAUAAUAACAAGGAAAGUAUUUUGAAUGGAGCUAAGACAGCUGCCGUUACUACGGGGAAAUAUGGUUAUAAAGGUGCUAAAUUUGUUGGUAAAACAGGUUAUCAAGCUGCUAAGAAUCAAAGAGCUGCCAAUGUAAGAGGACAACAAGGUAAAUCAGGUGAACAAGAAUCACCAAGUUUUGGAGAAGCUAGACCAUUGAACUCAUUACCAAGUGUGGAUCAUCUACCACCACCUCCAUUGAAACCAGGUCAAGGACAAUACACUAGUAAAUCAAAAAGUCCUCCACAAGCCCAAUUGUCACAACCUGCUCCACAAUACACACAGGUGCCAGCUCAGCAAGGUGCUCCGCAGCCUCAACUACCUCAAAGAAAUUUACCACAACCUCCACAACAACAAACUCAUAUUCAACAGCCAGCUCAACAACCAAUUCAACAACCAGCUCAGGUACCAGUUCAGCAACAAUACGUUCCAGCUACUCAACAACAGUAUGUACAGCAACCUGUUAUUCCACCAAGAGAUCAAACUCAGUCAACAACGGCUCAACAACCGACUACACAAUCACAAGUACCAUUUGCACAGUCAUUACAACAGAAUAUUCAAAAUAGUAUACAACAAAGUGUCCAAAAAGGUGUUCAAGAUGGUCUUAAGCAACAGUUUCAACAGUUUGUGAAUCCAAAUUCUCAAGGUUCCCAACCACCAGCUCAAGCUCCAGCUGCGGUUCAAGCUCCAAUCCAAUCAGCUUCUAGCACAACCACUACAACCCAACCAGUGUUGGACUUCAAAAAUCCAUAUUACCAGGGUGCUGUGUCUCAACCUCAAGAAUAUAAAGUUGAACCAUUAACACCUGACUCGACAUCAGCAUCAGCCCAUGCACCAGCUCAGAAUACAUCAGCUCCUCCACCACCUUCUUUAGGCCCAAGAACAUAUAAUAGAGCUGCUAUUUUGCCUCCUCAAGGUGAUUCUCAAAUCACUGUCUCAGAACAAGCUCCAACUCAAGUCUCACAACAAAUAGAGCAACCACAACCUCAAGCUCAACAACCAUUCCAACUUCCUCAAUCUCAACCACAACCACAACAAUUCCAACUUCCUGGGCUUCAACCUCAAAAUCAUCAACAAUCUCAAUCUCAACCACCAUUAACUGUGAACACAGAGGCUGCUAAUGAUAUUUCAUCAAAACUUCCAAUUCAGCAAGCUGCAGGUCUCGCUCUUAAUGAACAAACUGUUCAAUCACCAGAUCUUUCAAAAUUACCAGUUCCGCCAAAACAUAAAGAUAUAACUCCAACAGGAUCACCAGCUCUUAAAACAUCUACGAAGUUAAAUCAAACAAGCACAGGAGGGUCUUCAGCUUUGAAGACUUCGGAUACAGGCGCAAGUAAAGAUGAUAAAGAGUCUGAAGAACCUAAAAAGGGUAUUUCAGGUAAUUAUGAUUACAAGAUUGACGUUAAGUUUGCACCACCACCAAAGCCUCGUGGAUCGGUUCCAUCAAAAGAUCAUCAUAAACCAAUAAGUAGAACGUCAACUGCUGCCCCUCCAACACCUGUUAGAAGUUCAUCAGUUACACCUAAACCUCCAUCGAGACAAUCAACAGCACCACCUCCAUUAAGAGCUUCUACAAAUACUUCAACAAGCUCAUUAUCUCAUGCUCCACCACCUCCACCACCAAGAAGUUCAGCCGGUUCAUCAGCAAAUGUUUCAGAUGUUGAGGAUAAUUCUGGAGCUCCUCCACCACCAUAUGUUGCAACUGCAGAAACUGAUUCACAUUCAUCUCAACAUCCAUCAACAACAAACCUACCACAAAGAACAUUUGCACCACCUCCAAAACCUUUCAGAAGACCUGAUGAAUCAUCAAAUACCUCAUCAAAACCAAAACCUGCUCCACCUACUCGUGUCUCGGCAAUCAAACCACCUGCACCACCAACUCGUACUGGUAGUGAUGUUUCAGCAUUAUCAUUACCACCACCAGCAAAUCCAUCAUUAAUUGAAGAAUCCAAGAACAAAAAAGCACCACCUCCUGUUGUUAAACCAAAACCUUCAAAUAUUGAUGUAACUGGUACUAAAAAGGCGCCACCUCCUGUUAAACCAAAACCAAGCUCUUUUGCAGGUGAAAAGAAAACACCACCUCCAAUUGUUGGUAAAAAACCUGAUAUUCCAAUACCUGGUAAGAAACUGUCACCACCAGUACCUGGUAAAAAACCAAGUAUCUCAGCAAAUUCAAGAACUGCUGUUGGUUCAGCUGCUGGAAAUUUUUCGGCUGUUGUUUCUGAAUUACCUCGUAAAAAUAAUGACAAGACAAUUCCUGUCAAAACUAAUAAUGGUAUAACGAAGGAAGAUCUUGGUGGAAAACAAGAAGAUGAAAACGAAGAUUUUGAAGAUAAUCCAUUCAAGAGAUAUUUGAAAAAUGCUGUUCCAAAAGAAGAUGAUCGUUUUAAAAAAUGA